AUGGCAUCUCUUUUACGAACAAGAUCGUUGAGGAAACCGGCCACGGAGCUUCCGCCCCGCGAAAAGUCGUCGGAUCCCCGCAAUGUCUCGCCGAGUCGGCUCCCCGUCAAGCCUACCGCGUCGGGCAUCACCAGCAGCAGACCAUCUCCAGCCCUUCGAUCUACAAAGCAAGCUUCCGCACCUUUAGGGCGCUCCCUAUCGCUACGUCAACAGAGAACUCCAUCUGGCACGUUGAGCUCUGAGCCCGUAAAGAAGGAAACAAGCAGAUACCCGCCCUCCACCACCCUGACCCGGAACGUGUCGGUCAGCAGCAGACCGACAUCGUCGGGCUCGUCAGGACCGUCUGCUCGACGACCAGCGACGUCCUCCGGUCCAGGGACUACCUCGCAUGCCCGAGCAACCAGUGCAACAGUAUCAAGUAGCUCGCGACCUACUUCACGACCCCCUUCACGCCCAGUUUCCCGACCUCCAUCACGCGAGCAGGCUACGGCAACGACGUUAUCAAGAACUGGACAUAGACGUGCAGUAUCUGUCGACAAAACGGCACCUGCAGCAGCCACAACAACAACUUCAGCAGCAACAGUUUCGACACCGACUGGGCCUACCUUGGGACGCGCAAGAGCGGCUUAUGUGGCCCUCCAGCAAAGUCCUUCCAAAACGGCACCGAAAACACCAACACAUGGCCCCCCAUCGCCCUCGAAGCUGCCCGCCAAUGUUGCAGCUACAGCAGAAACAAACAAACUACAAACGGAGCUUCUGCAGCUCUAUCUCAUGCAUAAAGAUGCGGGCUCGGUAAACGAACAAUGGCACGCCAGCGCUAAACGAAUCUUUGGACAGCGGUUCCACGAGAUCUGCGACACAAAUAAGGCACUGUCUGAGCUGGAGACAGCCGCCGUAGAAGAGCGUAACAUUGCGGCUCUGCAGAGCUGGGCAUACGGAGACCGGUUAGAAGAGAACAUUCAAGGCCUCGAUCAAGCUCUCACCGGCGUGUGGAUGCUUAGUGAACCCGGUGGCCGGUACGCUCGUAUUACUCGCCGCUUCGAGCGCUGGAUCGACCAUGUAUGCGAGAUUGAGGAUGCCCGUGCUGAUGAGGAUGGCGGGCAGAUUCUCCUGGAGACGCACAAGUCUAUUUUUAUAGAGCCUCUGGACGAUGCCUGGACAGAGGAGUGUGUUGCGCUCUCACACCGUCUAGCGGGCUGGCAGCGCCAGCUUGACGAACUGGAUGAUGUUGUGAACGCCCGCAAACAUAGCGCGCUGUCACAAGUACUUGCGGGUGCCAAAGGCCUAGUAGAAGAUAUGGUCGCAGAGCUGCAAAUCAUGGAGAACAUUGCCGAGGCAGCUCUAGCCCGGGAAGAGCACUGGAUUGAGAGGAUGAACAGGGAGGAUGAUGAAGAUGAUACCCCGCGCGCUGGCGCAAUCUGGCGAGCAAUCUGA